AUGACAUCCCUGACUUUUUCCAGGUUGAAAGAAGAAUGUCAUGGGGCUGGGAAGACAGACUUGGAGCAGCUGUGGAAGGACUGGAAUAGGAGGGUUGGGUCACAGAGUUUCCUAAGAGGCGCUGAGGAGGAAAAGGAGCCACUGGAAGUGGCUGUUAGGAGGCUUGACUACUUCCACAAGCAGCUGGCCAAGGAAGUACCUUGCUCCAAAGAGAAGCAGGUACUCUUGAUCCAAAAAAUGAGUGAGCCAUCAGAUCAACAGAGUGAACCAUCAGAUCAACAGAGUUCCCUGCAAGAGAACGAAACAGAUGAGAAUUCUCCUGAGAAAAGCUCUCAAACCAGGCAGAAGCUAUCGCAAAUUCAGCGACAGUCAAAAAACCUGUCAUUGGAAAACUCUGGACCGCAGAUGACCGACUUUGAUCUGGUACCCAGAAAACUGAAAAAGAAAGCACAGAUGUCAAAGAAGAAUGAGGAUUUUCCUGAGAAAAACAAACCCAAGAGGAAAUAUGACGAGAAUGGCAAGCUGAUCAGCAAUGCCCUAGACCUGUGUGAUUGUCUGGAUAAGAACUGCGUGGGCUGUUUACCCUGCCCCAAGUGCAACUCCAGGAAGUGUGGGCCCGAGUGCCGCAACAACCGGUGCUGGGUAUAUGAUGACAUAGUUGAUGAGUCCGGGGAUGUUGUCAGUACCCUGCCCUUCAGUGUCCCAGAGUAG